AUGCUCUUAUUUGUUUAUGAAAGCAUUAGUGUGGACACUCAGAAGGUGGAAGCAGUUUCUUCGGAUUCUGGUGGCCCUAGCCAGGGUCUAGCGAAGAGAGCUACUUCUACUUCUGGUUCUGGAUCGUCUAUUGAUAGUGGGGGUAGCAGUGGAUCUGGAUCCCGUUCUCGAAACAGAUUUCAUGGGGCCCAGAGGACCAACAGGAGGCAGUUUGGUCGACGACAGCUACUGUCACUUUUUAUUCUUUGUCAGGGAAUUUUUGACAGAUCAGGUCACAUAUAUGUGAUCGACACAAAAACAGAUCCAGAAGCUCCCUCUCGGCAUAAAGUUGUUCACCCUGAAGACAUCGUACAGAAGACUGGAUUGGCAUACCUACACACAUCUCACUGCCUUGCAUCUGGUGAUUUCUUCUCCUUGACUCAGAGUUUAAUGUCAAGGGAAGAUGAAAACUACCACAACAAUUCCAUACCACUUUGGCAAGUUACCGGCAUUUCCAUCCAAUCCAAAUUUUGCACCAAUGCAAGCCGCCACAACUAUUUGGCAUAUCAACAUUUGACUUCCUCCCUCAAGGAAGAGCUUCCUCCUCCCCCACUUAUCAACACCAUACAUCGAAACUAUUGUUGCAGCAGCAUUAACAAGUCCGGUGAUCACAAGUGAUAUGAGAGAAGCAUCACUUCCCAAAGUUAAUAGUUCUUUUUUGUUUCUCUCUGAAACUUUUAUUAGGCAAGAGUAGCAUAUUUAAAUGAAUAGCUAUAGAACAAUUCUUAGAUUCACCCCUAGGGUGAACGAGCAUAUUCACCCCCAUUGUCGAUUAACGUAUUUUCACUUAAUAAAUUUAUAAUCCAACGGUACAUAUCUUAAAUAAGCCUUUAAAGAUCAUCUCUGUAAAAAAUCAAUCGAAUCAGAAAUCAUUUAAUUAUCUAAUUGAAUAAAAAAAAAAGGAUGGUU